AUGUUUAGAAGCCCACAACAACUGGCCUGCCUUCGUGUUGACGUUGGAAGAAUUGGCAAAGCCAGAAAACCGAGCGAAAGCAAGAGGCAAUCCUCGUUGUGAGAAACACGAUAAAGUUCUCAAGUUUUACUGCGAAACAUGCAAAGUCCUUGUUUGUCGAUACUGCGCUGAUGUGAAUCACAUAUAUAGCCCUGAACAUAUGUGGUUCCCUUUGGCAGACGUUGUUGGACAGCACAAGGAAGCGUUGAAGACAUCGUCCGCCAUCUUCGAGCAGAAAAUGAACGAAGCUGCUCAAAGCAAUCUGAAGAUAGAACAUGCUAUAUUGUGGCCCUGAAGAACAACAAAGUGAAAGCCAAAGAUGCCACCAUGCAGCAACAACAGGAAAUCCUGAGUGCAUUCACCAAGAAGCUCGAGGAUGACACGGCAGUCUUGCUUGACCAGGUUGACAUGAAAUACAACGAAGCUAGCGCGCCCCUGGUGAAACAUCAAGCCGACGUGAAAGCUUACUUGCAGGCAAAAACGAAAAGCUCGCUGGAUUUUGUCAAGAAUAUAAUCUCCAAUGGAAACGACGAGGAAAUCCUUUCCCUUAAACACGAGGUUGAAGAAAAAGCUGGGAGUAUUGAGAAAAAAACCCAGAAUUAA